AUGAGAGACUACAAACCAUCUAGGAACAUGUCAAAUAAUUACUCGCCCAGAAGGCAAAACGGUUAUGUUAAAGAAAUGGACCACGCUUUUACCCUUAUUUUUCACAACAUCAAGCGACUUCAGGAAGAUCGAUUGUGCAUCAGUACCUCAAGCCUAGACCGACCACAGCACAAUCAUCAACAGUCGAUGAAGCAGCCAAAGUUUAUGACUUUAACGGAAAGGAAAACUUUGGAGCGAGCACGAUGCAGAUCAGAAUCGUCUUUGGAAAUGUUAGAAAAAUGCAUUCGACAGAGAGAAAAGUUUUCGGACCAUGGAAGUGAAUAUCCUUUUUUCAGCUGUGAUGAAGAUAGCUCAUUGCGAAGACGAAAAGUUAGAUUUGCCGAUGACUACGUAACAAGAGGGAAACUUGUUUAUCGCGAAUCUUAUUUAGCCAAACGGUCAAUAUCAGAUAUACACUGA